AUGCCUGACAUAAGGCUGACCAAGCUGAUGGCUGAGCUGCCGAGACACGCUUUUUCUUAUUCCUACCACGGAGGUCUGGUUUACCUCAUAAUGUUCUUUCUAAACCUCCCAAAGUCUUUAAUAUGCUCGUCGUUCCUGUUCCUGACAGCCGCUGUGCCAGUCAGCGCGGGGAUUGAGCUGACAAUGGACAACUUCCCCACAACCGUCGACAAGGGCCUGUGGUUUAUCGAGCACUUCUCUCCUUAUUGCGGACACUGCAAACACUUCAAGCCGACAUGGGACCAACUCGCGAAGGAUGCGGAGGAGGAGAUACCCAGCGUGAAGCUUGCAACGGUAAACUGUGUUACGCAAGGAGAUCUAUGUAACCAGAACAAAGUGACGGGGUACCCUCAGCUCAUGAUGUACGAAGACGGGAAGAUGGUCAGCCAGUUCAAGGGCGCUCGCGAGAUGGACGCUCUCAAGAAGUUCAUCAAGGGACACGUCAAAGAGGAGCCAGCCCCACCACCACCGCCUCCUCCUCCACCUCCAGCACCAAAGGCUGCCCAGGAACCGCCCAAACCCGUUCUGAACACCGCAGGGGAAGUCGUCACCCUCACAGCCGAGACCUUUGGGAGAACGCUCGCGCAGGGGCCCGCGUUCGUCAAGUUCUUCGCGCCAUGGUGUGGGCAUUGCAAGAAGCUGGCACCGACAUGGAAGCAGCUCGCGCGGCACAUGCAAGGGAAGCUCACCGUCGCCGAGGUCAACUGCGACGAUUCCGGUUCAUUGUGCAAGAAACAGAACAUCCAGGGCUACCCCACACUCGUUUGGUUCGGGCAGGGAGAGAAUGAGGAUGGGCGGUCGGAGUACACGAGUGGACGGAAAAUUGAUCAACUGAAGGCAUUUGCAGAGAAGGCUAGUGCAGCGGGUGUGCAUAUUCUGGAGAAGGCGGAUGACUUGGAUGCACACGUUGCGGAAGCUGAUGUCGUGUACCUCCUGCUGCACUCGGCCUCAAGUUCUAACGUCCUGAAAACCAUUCGUGAGGCCUCUGCUCCCCUUCUCGGUUCGCCCGAGAUCUUCGCCUCCUCGUCUGACAUCCUCCGGAAUCGCUUUUCCAUCCCCUCAAGCACGCCAUGGGCACUCGUUGCCAUUAAGGACCACGACAUGAACCUUCCCUCGUCCACCUACCUAGCCACCGGCCACGAGACAGGCACCGAUGCGGACCUGCGUAAAUGGCUGCUGACACACCGAGUUCCAACGGCAGUCGAGCUGACGCAGGACUCAUUCCAGGGCGUGAUGAACGCCCCGCAGGCGCCUCUGGUCGUCAUCGUGUCGGCUUCUGGCACGGAGGGCUCGUCGGUUUCAGAGCAAACGAAGGCGAAGAUUCUCCGCCGCAUUAAGGAUGUUGCGAAGAAAUGGCGAGUCCGGACAGAAGGCAGCGGACUCACGCACGGACGUGAAGUCGUCUUCGCCUGGAUGGACGGCAGUCGAUGGGCUGAGUGGCUCAAGAGCAUGUACGGCUUCGAUGGUGCCCAAGUUAAUGAGAAUGGUGACGAGAAGCACGAGGUGGAGAACGUUCGCGUCGUCGUGGCUGAUCACUCCAGACUCGUUUACUACGAUGGUGACCGCACCGGUAAUGCUAUUAAGUUCACCUCGUCUGCGAGCAUCUUCGCAGCAGUCGAGGACGCUGCCUGCGGCAAGAGCCAGUACAAGCACUCUGAAAACUUGAUCGAACGCAUGGCUAGGUACCUUAACGGCAAGAUGACUACGAUCGAGUUCUUCGUUGUGAAUAAGCCCUUGCAAGCCGUCUUUUACUUCCUUGUCGCGGUGAUCGUGCUCUUCUGGGUCCUGAACAGGAUGAUUGGUAAUGAUGUUCCCAACAUGCAGGAAGAGUGGAGAGAGAACAAGGGCAAGAACGGUCGGUUAGACUGA